AAAUGGAUACUGAAAGGAUCAAUAACCUGUGACAGAAACAGUGCAGAGAAGUGGAAGGUGGAGAAAUAGAAGAAACACAGACAUGGCACUUGUAACAACGUCAUCUUCAGGAGUUAACGAUGGUCCUCUCUUUGCAGAGGUUGACAUGGGUUCCGAUUUCAACGCCCCCACUGUCCGAGCCACUGUUGUUCAAGCCUCCACCAUUUUCUACGACACUCCCGCCACCUUAGAUAAGGCUGAGAGGUUGCUUGCUGAAGCUGCUGGAUAUGGAUCACAACUUGUUGUGUUUCCAGAAGCGUUUGUUGGUGGAUACCCACGUGGUUCGAACUUUGGUGUUUCGAUUGGGAACCGAACUCCAAAGGGUAGAGAGGAUUUCCGUAAGUAUCACUCUGCAGCCAUUGAUGUUCCUGGUCCUGAAGUGGAUAGAUUGGCAGCAAUGGCAGGAAAGUACAAAGUGUAUUUAGUGAUGGGUGUGAUUGAGAGGGAUGGCUACACGCUUUAUUGUACCGUUCUCUUCUUUGAUUCUCAUGGUCGUUACCUAGGAAAGCAUAGGAAAAUCAUGCCAACAGCACUAGAGAGGAUUAUAUGGGGAUUUGGCGAUGGAUCAACUAUUCCGGUCUUUGAAACUCCCAUUGGGAAAAUUGGUGCUGCCAUUUGUUGGGAAAACAGGAUGCCAUUGUUAAGGACAGCUAUGUAUGCGAAAGGUGUGGAAAUAUAUUGUGCACCUACAGCUGAUGCCAGGGAUGUGUGGCAAGCUUCAAUGACCCAUAUUGCUCUUGAAGGUGGAUGUUUUGUUUUGUCAGCAAACCAGUUCUGUAGAAGAAAGGAUUACCCACCCGCUCCUGAGUAUGAAUUUUGCGGCACGGAAGAAGAACUAACACCAGAUGCUGUUGUAUGUGCUGGGGGCAGUGUCAUUAUAUCACCCUCAGGGGCUGUUCUGGCUGGUCCAAAUUAUGACGGGGAGGCACUCAUCUCAGCAGAUCUUGAUCUUGGAGAGAUAGCAAGGUCCAAGUUUGAUUUUGAUGUGGUUGGACACUAUUCAAGGCCUGAAGUGCUUAGCUUGGUUGUCAAGGAUCAUCCAACAAACCCAGUUACUUUCACAUCGACAACAGAAACCGAAGAAAAAACCAAGAUCAAGUAAUUUCAUUUUCAAAGUCACUAGGAUGGGUCUAGUGAUGAGGGAUUGAUGUAGUAUUCAUGUAGUUAAUAUGUUCAAUUUCAUUGCUGUGGUGUAACCAAAAAAAAAGAGAGAGCUUCAUUUUCUUCGUUUCAUGAUCAGUAACAGUAACUUUCUGAACCUUUACUUAUGGACUUGUCUUUGCAGUUGUAACCAUUUCUUUCAUGGUUGUAUAUGAAGAGUUGUAUCUUUGAUUUCAA